AUGCGGGAGCGCAGGGGAUUCUCGCGCCGUACUGCGAGACUGUGGACGGAGGCGAAGGAGGUUGUGGGGGCUGCGAAGUGGCGUCCGCUGAAGGGCGAGCUGUUGCGGAAGGCGGUGGAUUCGGGGGAGUUUCCGAGCCAGGCGACGAAGGAGUAUCUGGAGGCGCGCAAUCGCAAUAAUGUGUGCAUUGUGGGCAUCGAGAGCGUGCCGGCUAUCGAGAAUCUGGAGAACAUCCUGAAGGUGGGGGGCAUAGACGCGAUAUUCGUGGGGCCGAACGACCUUAGCAUUACGCUGGGGAUUCCGGACCAGUACGACCAUCCGGACUAUGAGGCUGCGCUGCGCGAGAUUAUCAGCAAGUGCCAGGCGGCGGGAGUGCCGACGCUGAUUCACCACCAGACGGUGGAGCUGACCACCAAGUGGCUGCAGGAGGGCGCGAGGUUCGUGCUGUAUAGCAGCGACGCUCGCAGCAUGCACAACGCAUACCGCGACGAGUUCGGGGCUAUCAAGGCUGCGGGCGCGGAGCUUGGGGGCGGCAUGGCUGAGGAUGUGGGGGAGUCUGAGGAAGUGAUUUAG